GGCGACGUCACUGCCGCACCUGCGCAGCCAUCUUGUGUCUGGAACCAAACGGGAGCGGUGACCGGAGAAAAAGAUAAUAAACCUUCGGGAAAAGAGCUAACUUUGAGUCGUGUAUCAAUCAAUUAAACGCAAGCAAAGUAUCACCCUUUCAGGGAAUACUAAGAAGCGAAGUGCACAGCAUUGUGUUUUUCCCGAGGAGCGCUGAGAGAACAGGAAGGAGGAGACGCGAAACCCGACCGUCAGGCAGACCAUGAAUCCUGAAUAUGACUACUUGUUCAAGUUGCUCUUGAUUGGUGAUUCUGGUGUGGGCAAAUCCUGCCUCUUGUUGCGAUUUGCUGAUGAUACUUACACAGAGAGUUACAUCAGCACUAUUGGAGUUGACUUCAAGAUCCGCACCAUUGAGCUGGAUGGAAAGACUAUAAAGCUGCAGAUUUGGGACACCGCUGGCCAGGAGAGGUUUCGCACCAUCACCUCAAGUUACUACCGAGGAGCUCAUGGCAUCAUUGUGGUUUAUGAUGUCACAGACCAGGAGUCCUACAACAACGUUAAGCAGUGGCUACAGGAGAUAGAUCGCUAUGCUAGUGAAAAUGUCAAUAAGCUCCUUGUAGGCAACAAAUGUGACCUCACAACCAAGAAAGUGGUGGACUACACAACAGCCAAGGAGUUUGCGGACUCGCUGGCCAUUCCCUUCUUGGAGACAAGUGCCAAGAAUGCUACCAACGUGGAGCAAGCUUUCAUGACUAUGGCGGCUGAGAUUAAAAAGCGCAUGGGACCUGGUGCUACUACCGGCGGAGACAAACCCAAUCUUAAGAUCGAGAGCACCCCUGUGAGGCCGUCUGGGGGAGGCUGCUGCUAGGAGCCCUCUCCUUUCACUGGUCCUAACUCCGUCGCUUCCAUUCACCCUUCGGGGUGCCGUGGAGAAAGGCAGGGGCGGGGACUGAGUUAGGGGGUGGGACCACGAAAGAAAGGCAGGGAGGACAGUGACAGGGUGACGGCGCGCUCCUGACUGACAUUUUAUCUUGACCACAGGCCAUGAAGAUCAGAGGAUGGACUGGAUGUUGGUGGACCAUCUCUGGCCCUAACAUGUGUGCAUGAAAGAGGAUGUAAAAAUAAGAGCCGUAAGGAGUGGAGUGGUUGUUAGUAAAUUUAGUUUUUUUCCCCCCCAACUGAGACGCAGGUGGGGAGAGUUGGAGGUCUUACAGUAAUUGUCUUUGCCUGUGUCAGAAUCUCUUCUGGAAUAAGUCAUUCCAGCCCUGGCUCAGUGGUCUCGCCUCUUUCUUUGAUGCACCAAUAAAACACAGCUGUUCAUUCCCAGAAUGUGAGAGCUGCUCUCACGAUUUCAGGGUGUUUGAUCAUUCCAUGACUGGUCAUCUCCAGCAUUUGGAUUUCAGCUUUUGGCUUUCACUGUCAAGCUCUCACUCUCUCUUCCUGAGACACACACACACACACACACACACACACACAGACAGACAGACAGAG